AUCUACCACUACAUUUCGGAAAGGAAAUUCAAUUGUUUUUUCUUCUCUUCGCAGCGUGAGUGCAUCAGCGUCCACAUCGGUCAGGCCGGCGUGCAGAUCGGCAACGCUUGCUGGGAACUGUACUGCUUGGAACACGGAAUCCAGCCCGACGGCCACCUCGCCGAAGAUGUUGCUCAAGAGGAAAAUAUGUACACAACCUUCUUCCAAGAGACAGGAAGGGGCAAAUAUGUCCCACGUGCAAUCUACGUGGAUCUGGAACCUACUGUUGUUGACGUGGUCAGGACCGGCCCUUACCGCCAACUGUUCCACCCUGAACAGCUGAUCAAUGGUAAGGAGGACGCAGCCAACAACUACGCUCGUGGCCAUUACACCAUUGGGAAAGAACAAGUGGAUUUAGUCAUGGACAAGCUGCGCAAGAUGGCAGAUGCUUGCUCAGGUCUUCAGGGCUUCCUCGUCUUCCACUCCUUCGGCGGAGGCACCGGAUCUGGCUUCACGUCCCUUCUGAUGGAAAGACUCUCGGUUGACUACGGCAAGAAGAGCAAACUGCAGUUCACCGUGUACCCCGCCCCACAGAUCUGCACGGCGGUCGUCGAGCCCUACAACUCCAUCCUGACGACCCACACGACCCUCGAGCACUCCGACUGCGCCUUCAUGGUCGACAACGAAGCCAUCUACGACAUCUGCAGGAGGAACCUGGGCAUCGAGCGCCCCUCCUACGAGAACCUCAACCGCCUCAUCGGCCAGAUCGUGUCGUCCAUCACCGCGUCGCUCAGGUUCGACGGCGCCCUCAACGUGGACCUGACCGAAUUCCAGACCAACCUCGUGCCUUAUCCCAGGAUCCACUUCCCUCUCGUCACGUACGCGCCCGUGCUCAGCGUGGAAAAGGCUUACCACGAACAGCUGUCUGUGGCCGAGAUUACAAACGCUUGUUUCGAGCCCAACAACCAGAUGGUGAAGUGUGAUCCCAGGCACGGAAAAUACAUGGCAUGUUGCCUGCUGUACCGUGGAGACGUUGUCCCCAAGGAUGUCAACUCUGCCAUCGCUGCCAUCAAGACAAAGAGGCAGAUUCAGUUCGUGGACUGGUGUCCUACUGGCUUCAAGGUGGGCAUCAACUACCAGGCUCCCACGGUGAUCCCCAACGGCGACAUGGCUCCCACACAGCGCGCCGUGUGCAUGAUCUCCAACACGACCGCCAUCGCCGAGGCUUGGGCCAGACUCAACCACAAGUUCGACCUCAUGUACUCCAAGCGCGCCUUCGUUCACUGGUACGUCGGAGAGGGCAUGGAGGAGGGUGAGUUCGCAGAGGCUCGCGAAGACUUGGCUGCCCUCGAGCACGACUACGAGGAGGUGGCCCAGGACUCGAACCAGGACGAGGACGAGGACAUCGAGUAUUAAGGAGGGGCGAGAGGAGGCGGAGCGGCGGGGAUUCGAGUCCGUCGUGGAGAGCGAGAAGGAGGGAGAGAGAGUGGGAAAGAAGGGGGAAGAGGAGACGGAGAGGAAAGGAAACAGAGAAAAAAAUAGAGAUGGAAAGAGCUGGUGGAUAUGAAAGAGAGAAAGAGAGGGGUAACAAGUAGAAAGAGGGAAAAGAGAGAGAAAACAGCCUUCUAUUUGUUUGUUUAUAACUUGAACGCUAAAAUAUAAUAAGAGAGCUGGCUGGACUGCAGAUGGGACCAAAGAUUAGACAGUGAGAGGUGGAAGCCUAGUGCUCACUAAUUCAUAAGAUUAGUAGCAAUGUUAGUCAUGUUUGUUUUUGUUAAUUAUAUGAAUAGUUAAAGGAAAGAAAACUUGAUCUGAAUACUUUAUGAACAGGGUAUAUGAUACGAAGCUUAUAGCCAAAGAAAUUCCAUAUUAAGAAAACAUGAUAAUGGUGAAUACCAAAGACCAAACACAAUCCUAAAGAAAACCUAAAAGAGGAUGCCUUUUCAGGAGAACAUAACAAGAUAAGACGCACAAAAUAAGAAAUAAACCAAACCCACAAGAAGUCAUACUUAAAAAAAAUCUUUUCCUAAUCUUUGUAAAGGUUUGGCUCAAGUGAAAUGGCAAUGUUAAUGCUCAAUGGAACAUGUUCAUCAUGAUGCUCACUGCUCCUUAGUGUUGAAUAGCCUUCCAUUUUAUUUAUUUACAAUAAACUGCUUUACGGAAAAGUAGAUUCCAGCCUCGACACGAGAGGCACUAUAUUACUCUAUUCGUCUGCUAUGAAAAUAAUGAUAAACAGACAUUUCUUCAAGGAAAUUAUAAGCUUUAGUUAUGAUUAGUGGAUGUCACUUGUAUGUUUUGAUCCUAUACAAUGAAAAAAAAAAGAAAAAAAGACAAAAAAAUCGUUCCUCACUUUCCUUCAGCACAAGCAGCAUCCUUCAUUCACACUGUGGCUUAAUGUUUACGCUAAGUGCCCCGGCGGACCCUGAGAGCGGCCGCUAAGUGUUACUUACGGUAAGGACAUGUUUUCUACUCGUUUUGUAUAUUUCUUCAAUAAAAUAUAUAAGUUA